AUGGAAGACCGAAUAUUGGUUGAAGUGGCAGUAACCUCGACCACUGUAUUUGUGAUAUUAGCUUAUGCGUUACGAUAUCGAGCGGCGCUCAUCAAUGCAUUGUUUUCGUUCAUAUUCUUCAUUGCACUGUGUGUAUUCUCGAUGCGGUCACAGCAGCCCAUAUCAAAUGUACCCUUCAUUUUAUGGACACGUCUUUUUGACGGAACAGAUUCCAGGUACGUUAAAGUCUUCUUAAAGGCUCAGCCGGUGACCUGCUCCCAGCAAUUCCAUACUCCGUAUGUUAACCGAUUAUCGGUACUCUGA